AUGGAUGCCAAGAAAGAUGGCUACAAAAACGCAGUAAUCGAAUCAUCAGGAAAUACCUGUUUGUCUGAUCGAUUGCGUGUUGAUAAGUCGCUAAUCAGUCUUUUUUGCGUGCAAGAAUUGUAUCUUCGACAAAUUUGUAGUUUAAACAAGAAAAUUCCAAAGCAGAUCAAGAAUCUUGAAGAAAGAUUUAUUGGAUACUGUCUUGAGCUAAUUCAUUCAAGUGAAUCAAGAAAAGAUUUGCAGACCUUUUUGCCCCAAUCCUUUGGUUGUGAUGCUUCAUCAUUGAUCUCAAUUGGGGAUGAAAGUGGUGUUAUAAGUUCUUAUUCGGAUCCGAUCAUUGGUUCAAUCACGAUGAACACGAACAUGACGAACGCUUUAAACAAACCUCUGAUAACCCAGUUAGAGGUUAAAGAACCCACGAGUUCUCCUGGUGUGUCACAAGUUGGAUCAUCACAGGAUCGACAAAAUCGAAGAACGGUUCGUGAGGGUCAAGAGUUUGUGUUACGCGAUGCAUCUUGUUCUUCAUCGAAUGCCUACGAUCAAGGGUCGCUCCAUUGUUCAUGGAAUGGUGGAUUUCCGAGCUAUGUUUUCGCUAUAGAGGGCAACAGAAGAGUCUUUAUAACAACGAAUGUGUUAAAAGAUUCGAUUAGUGAUACGGGUAUCGACUGUAUUUACAUUUUUCGUUCUGGAGUUGAAGAUUCGGAUGUUCACGUUCUUGGCGAAAUGAGAGUUUCUACUUCUUUCGAACUCUGUCCGCAUGGUACAGAAUUCAUGGAGACUCGGUUUGUGUUGUAUGCGAAUGGUGACGGUAUUGAAGGAGAUGAAUGUAAUUCUGAUCAAAAGGUUGAGAAGAAUAAAGGGUUAUUAUCGAAGAAAAUGGCAAACGUUUUCAGGCGUCGAUCUUUUAUGAGGUCAUUCGGUAUGCAAGAAAGCGUGUUAGAGCCAAAUCAAGAUGGCGAUCGCCUUCCACCUCCAAAACUCGAGUUAGCCGCCAUUGUUAUGAAAGAUCAUAUUCGUGGCAGUCGAAAGGAGGGUGAUCUUGGCGGGUGGGGAUUGAAAUUUCUCAGAAAAGAUGGCAAUUGUGAAUCUUGCAGCCUUUGUUCUACCGGUAUGAAUGUUCUUAUUCCUGAUGGUUUUCAUGGCGGGCCUAGAUCAAGAAUCGGUGGCGGCCCGUCUAGUCUUAUUGAGCGGUGGAGCAGCGGUGGCUCGUGCGACUGUGGUGGCUGGGACCUUGGUUGCCCGCUUACCAUACUUCACGAUAGGCCGAAUUGCGAGGAUGUUGUCUUAGGGAAUGGCUUUCCGUUUGAUCUAUUCGUACAGGGUUGUAAGCAAAGUAAACCGGUUUUAAAAAUGGCGGACGUCCGUGGCGGUUUGUAUAGUCUUCAUUACAAAUCAACUUUAUCACCCCUGCAGGCUCUUUCGAUUGCUGUGGCAGCGAUUCACAGUCGUAGUCCAAUCUUCCGACCCAAACUCUGUGCAACCUGAAGCAAGGGUGCAACCCUUUUGCAUCAGUUGUUCUAUUUUUUGGGUAGAGGUCAUGUAUAGAUACGUCAUAUAUUUGUAUUGCAGUUUUCGUAUGGGUUAACCGAACUCAUUCGGUUUGGUUUGAUUUUUUCAUGAUUCAAGAUGUCACAAGUCACGAGACGUUUGUUGCUGCGUAGAUGUUACUUGUAAAACUCAAAGGCAUGAACUAUUUAGAAGUUGACAUAACAGAAAAGGAAUAUGAAGUACACAGACAUUUUUUGGUCC